CCCUAGUUCCCGAACUCUUUAUAAAGGAUCGAUUCCUUCAUUCAUUCAAUCAUCGCAACGAAUACAAUUCAAUUAAAUCCAAUAUUUCUUCUCUUUGAUCACAAAAACAAUUUUCUUCUUCCAAAGUUCCUUUAUCAUCAAAGAUGCAAAUCUUCGUUAAGACUCUUACCGGAAAAACCAUAACUCUCGAGGUUGAGAGUUCUGACACCAUCGACAAUGUUAAGACGAAGAUUCAAGAUAAGGAGGGAAUUCCCCCAGACCAGCAGCGUCUGAUCUUUGCUGGAAAGCAGCUGGAGGAUGGCCGAACGCUCGCUGACUACAAUAUCCAGAAGGAGUCGACCCUCCACCUUGUUCUCCGUCUUAGAGGAGGGAUGCAGAUUUUUGUUAAGACCCUCACUGGGAAGACUAUCACCCUUGAGGUCGAGAAUUCUGACACCAUUGACAAUGUCAAAACCAAAAUUCAAGACAAGGAAGGUAUUCCCCCAGACCAGCAGAGGUUGAUCUUUGCUGGAAAGCAACUUGAAGAUGGCCGCACUCUUGCUGAUUACAACAUCCAGAAGGAGUCGACCCUCCACCUUGUUCUUCGUCUAAGAGGUGGCAUGCAGAUCUUUGUUAAGACCCUCACUGGGAAGACUAUCACCCUUGAGGUUGAAAGCUCUGAUACGAUUGACAAUGUUAAAACCAAAAUCCAAGACAAGGAAGGUAUUCCCCCAGACCAGCAGAGGUUAAUCUUUGCCGGAAAACAGCUUGAGGAUGGCCGCACUCUUGCUGAUUACAACAUCCAGAAAGAGUCGACCCUCCACCUGGUUCUCCGUCUUAGAGGUGGCAUGCAGAUCUUUGUUAAGACCCUCACUGGGAAGACCAUCACCCUUGAGGUUGAAAGCUCUGAUACGAUUGACAAUGUUAAAACCAAAAUCCAAGACAAGGAAGGUAUUCCCCCAGACCAGCAGAGGUUGAUCUUUGCCGGAAAACAGCUUGAGGAUGGCCGCACUCUUGCUGAUUACAACAUCCAGAAAGAGUCGACCCUCCACCUGGUUCUCCGUCUUAGAGGUGGCAUGCAGAUUUUUGUUAAGACCCUCACUGGGAAGACCAUCACCCUUGAGGUUGAAAGCUCCGACACCAUUGACAAUGUCAAAACCAAAAUUCAAGACAAGGAAGGCAUUCCCCCAGACCAGCAGAGAUUGAUCUUUGCUGGAAAGCAACUUGAAGAUGGCCGCACUCUUGCUGAUUACAACAUCCAGAAGGAGUCGACCCUCCACCUUGUUCUUCGUCUAAGAGGUGGCAUGCAGAUCUUUGUUAAGACCCUCACUGGGAAGACUAUCACCCUUGAGGUUGAAAGCUCUGAUACGAUUGACAAUGUUAAAACCAAAAUCCAAGACAAGGAAGGUAUUCCCCCAGACCAGCAGAGGUUGAUCUUUGCCGGAAAACAGCUUGAGGAUGGCCGCACUCUUGCUGAUUACAACAUCCAGAAAGAGUCGACCCUCCACCUGGUUCUCCGUCUUAGAGGUGGCAUGCAGAUUUUUGUGAAGACCCUCACUGGGAAGACUAUCACCCUUGAGGUUGAAAGCUCUGACACCAUUGACAAUGUCAAAACCAAAAUUCAAGACAAGGAAGGCAUUCCCCCAGACCAACAGAGACUGAUCUUUGCUGGAAAGCAGCUUGAGGAUGGGCGUACCCUUGCUGAUUACAACAUUCAGAAGGAGUCAACCCUCCAUCUUGUGCUCCGUUUAAGAGGUGGAAUGCAAAUUUUCGUCAAGACUUUGACUGGGAAAACUAUCACUUUGGAGGUUGAGAGCUCAGACACCAUCGACAAUGUCAAGGCUAAGAUUCAGGAUAAGGAGGGCAUUCCCCCAGAUCAGCAAAGAUUGAUCUUUGCAGGGAAGCAGCUCGAGGAUGGGAGGACCCUUGCAGACUACAACAUCCAAAAGGAGUCUACACUUCACUUGGUGCUUCGUUUAAGAGGAGGAAUGCAAAUAUUUGUUAAGACCUUGACUGGGAAAACCAUCACCUUGGAGGUCGAGAGCUCAGACACUAUCGAUAAUGUCAAGACUAAGAUACAGGACAAGGAAGGAAUUCCUCCUGACCAGCAGAGGUUGAUUUUUGCUGGUAAGCAGUUGGAGGACGGGCGCACUUUGGCAGACUACAACAUUCAGAAGGAAUCCACCCUUCACCUUGUCCUUCGUCUCCGUGGUGGCUUUUAAUGAUGUCUGGUUGAGAUUGCUGUGGUUUUAAGGCUUUUGUUGGCCAUUGUUUUUACUUUGUUUAGUACUCCGUAGCAGAGGUUAUUUGGCCAUUGUUUUUACUUUGUUGGACAUUGUUUUUACUUUGUUUAGUACUCCGUAGCAGAGGUUUUAAGCUUUUGUUGGACAUUGUUUAAGGCAAAGGCAAAGUUGCCCUAAGUUCAGUUUGUUAAUAAAGUACACUUUUUCUUUUUCGUGAUUGAAUA